UUUGGAGUGGAAUGACUGCAGACUACGUUUAAAUGCAGAAGGUCUCCUUUGUGAUUUAGGAGGCUUUGUAACCUGAAUUAGUUGAUGAAUUUUCUAUCGAUCUUAAACAAGCCCAGAUUCAUCUCUGACACGCUGCUCACGCCACGACCAUUCUCUCACCGUUAUUAGCGAAUGCAUUUAAGACCUGGGCCAAAGCGAUUUCCUUGCAUCACUUUCCCCUGGUACCGCGUUUCACGAACAGCCAAAAUUUAGCAGUAUUUCAGUGCGCCACAUCUGAACAGUUCUUUAUAGAGGUGUAGUCAUUUUCUCAAUGUGCAGAUGAACUGAGGAGGAUUGGGGGCGUGACUUUCUCUGGGGCUGCUAGAAUCCAGCAUGCCUUUUCGCUGUGUCUGCUUUCGCUUGUUAUUGUUUUGAUUUACUCAUUUUUUCAUCAAGCGCACGGCAACGUAUGAGAAAGUAUGACAUUUUGGACUAUUUCGAUAUAUGAGUUGAUGAGCGCGAUCCAAACUGACUAAUCCCAUUUCCUUAUCCGGGAAUCGCGAAGAUCCAUGCCAUUGGCUGACGAUGUCACAUGGACCCUUAACUUUGUUCACUUGACAGAAAGUAGGAGGGUUCUACGAAACAGGAAAACGAGUAAAGGGAUACAUAUAAAUUUUAGUAUAUUUUGUGUGCAAUUCAAAGAAAUUAAUGGCCAUGAGUUCCUAUUUGAUCAACUCCAACUAUGUGGACCCUAAGUUUCCACCCUGCGAGGAAUAUUCCCAGAGCGACUACCUACCCAGUCACUCUCCGGACUACUACAGCGCCCAGAGGCAAGACCCCUCGUUCCAGCAUGAGCCGAUCUACCACCAGCGGUCGGGCUGCGCCGACCCAGCCUACACAUCGUGCCAGGGUCCGGGGCAGCCUGCCGCGGUCAUCUCUCCACGAGGUCACGUUCUGCCCACAACCGCACUCUCAACCCCUCUCCCUGAACCAAGCCAUCACUGCGACUCGGUAACUCCAAGCCCUCCGCCUGCCUGCGGUCAGACUCCUACCAGCCAAAACAUUUCAACGGUCACCUCAAGGAAAGAUCCCGUGGUGUACCCCUGGAUGAAAAAAGUCCACGUAAACAUCGUGAGCCCGAACUAUUCAGGGGGUGAACCAAAGCGCUCACGAACAGCGUACACGCGGCAGCAAGUCCUGGAAUUGGAGAAAGAGUUCCAUUACAACCGCUAUCUGACCCGCAGACGGAGGGUGGAGAUUGCCCAUACACUGUGCCUAUCCGAACGACAGAUUAAGAUUUGGUUUCAGAACCGGCGAAUGAAGUGGAAGAAGGACCAUAAGCUUCCCAACACCAAAAUACGCAGCAACUCUGCCAACACUAAUCCAAGCGGCGGCCCGACAUUGGGCAGCAAUCAGAACCGAGCUAGUGGACCUCCGUCAAGUCUAUAGCCCUCCACUGUUGCCCAAAACACGUACAAUUAUAAAAUCUAAUUUUAUGGUGUGUAGAACGUGGAUUUUACCCGCGUUGUGUCUCCUGACUCUCCCCUGCACUCUUAAUUACAAGGAUAAAAUACGAGGAAGAUGUGGGGGAAAGGAGCAAAGAACAUGUUCAUUUUUUAAACACUAAAAAUGGGUGAAGAGACUGAAGACUCGAACUCAAAUGCUACUAUAGAUGGGCUGCCUUCCCAGUCUGGUUCCCAUUUUUAUCCUGCACGCCUUUCCUGCUCACUCGCCCCUUCCAUAAGCACAGAAGGCGGCAGAUAGUUUUCAGAUUGGGUGAAGAUGGAUCCGUGUUUCAUCUUUAAUCACGCCAAACUCGGCCCCAUUUGUCAUGUUUACUCUGUGGUACAAAGGAUGAACACCGUAGGCCUGCCCAUUACCUCGACGUCUAGCGUUGUGCUUAAUAAAUGAGUCGCUCUGUUUUGUCAAGAAGCCUUUUCUAACUCCCUUUAUUCCCCUGGCUUAAAAAUAACUAGCCGAGUGUUUUUCAACUGAUAUGAAGUUUUGUAUUUUGUAGCAAUUAGGUUAUUUUGCAUUUGCUAUUUGCAUUUCGAAUGCAAUGCCAAUGGGACUGAGGGUUUUUGUGCGUGUGGUCCAUUUGUCGCUCACUACAAAUACAGGGACUUCUUUCACUCGCCUGUUUAGCGCAUUUCAGUUUAAGAACAGAAAAUUACUAAUUAGUUGUUAGUAGUUUUAAAUAUAAUAUAAAGGUUCAAUGAAGUUGGAUGGAUAGAUAUGUAUAACCAAAACCGGUACAACGCAAAGCAUUUUAAUAAGAGCACUGCUAAGUACUAUUUAAAUUACCUCAAUUGUAUUUUUUGUCCAGUUUUAUGAAGUGAUCAGAUUAAGUUCUUUUGACUUAAUGGCAAAUAUCUGCGAUAGCUAAUCUCAGCAUUUGUUUGUAAGUUUAAAUGAAAAUUAAGUUAAGUGUGACCAGGGUUGUAUAGAUAAAAGGUGCGUAUAUUGCAUGAAAAAAUACACUAUAUUUUUGUUUAUUCUUUUUUAUGUCAUUAUACCACCCUCUUUUUGUUUUAUGGUAGACAUGCGCACAUACUUUUUUUCUUUCUUUCUUU